AUGCUACGCUACCUAUUCAGUAGAUCGCGUUCUAUCCGUGUGCCAUCAAAGAAUGGGCAGUUUGGUGUACAAAAGGUCUCUGUGACCAAGAACUCUCGGUUCAAUGCCUCCCGCUUUUUGACAACGUUUGUUAUAAGCGUCUGUGUUGUAAGGACCGUGGACCAUGUCUUCUCCGACCGAGACCUCAAGAAGGGCUUCGACAGACUAAAGAGUAAAGAAUGGUGGGCUGGCCAUUGGAAACAGGCACAACAGCAAACAUCCGCAGACGGAGCUGGCCGUAGUGAACCCGACAACGAAAAAGCCAUCCAUCUGAUGCUUCCAAUCUGGGUACGCCGUGCGCAACGUGGGUGGUAUAAAGAAGACGAUCCUCAAUGGAAAGCAAAUCAAAGUUUUGCUCAGGAUAAGAAACGUCAAGACGCUGUCGCCACCAAGAUUUCUGCUCUGGUGAGAGAACACCUCUUGAGUGAUCAAUAUCGUGGCUGGGUACAAUAUCUACAAACUCUUCAAAUUGGUAUGGAGCUGGAUCUGGUGAUACCCAUCGCUCCCGCGGCGCAUUACGAAGUCCCUUGCAUAUUUAUAUCACCAUCAGGAGAUGUUGCAUAUGGGUGGCGACGCUUGCCUGACAGUGUUGGUGCCAAGAUGGAUCGCAUCUUCCAUCCCGUCAUGCUAAGCAAGGCUUUCUAUGCUGGCUGCAAGGAAUUUGCACGGGUGACAUAUAUCAUCACAAAAGCACGAGUGGCUGACAGCAUGAGUGCAUUCCGGGAAGAAGGGGAGGCAAACAAGACAUUGUCUAAGGAAGAAAAGGCCAAUCGGAGCCUAGCCAUCGCAAAGGCCAGCGACCAAACUCUCAAGAGAGUUCUUCCUUUCUUGAGAGGUGAAUAUGCGGAUGAUGAUCCGAGGCAAGCAUAUCGAGACGCUGUCCGUGCAAUGACCUACAAGGCUGCCAUUGAGAGGGGUUGUGUUGUUUUCCGCAAUUACUGGGUCAUGGGCCAGGCCACAGAAAUGCAAAAACCCAACGGCAGCCUAGUAUGUUUCAAGGGGACAGUUCGUUGUAAAGGCGACAAAGGGCAACUACUGCUCCAUGUUGCUGUUUUCUAUGAUGUGGCUACCGAAAGCAUCAUUGGAAAACCCGUGUAUAGCGCAGCAGAGAUUGUCCCGCAUCCUGACCAUUGGCAUGGGGGAAAGAGCCACAAUCAAGCUCAACAAGCUAUUGCGAUCAGCGGCGCACAUCCAAAACCUGCCAAACCCGCCUUGAAGCGUCCUGCGAACAGUACAGAGCCACCACGAGAAACUUCUGCACAGAGUUCUCCUCCUGUCAAAGACGAAGAAGAAUGA